UCACUUCUAGCAAGUUUCGUAUCACUGCUCGAACGACGUAUCAAUCUUUUUGCUGCUCCUUGGGAUGAUGCUGUUGCUGCUGCAGUUGCGCGAUCAAUUGCAAGUAGUGUAUCUUCUAGAGUUGUUGCUCCUUCACAGGCACGCAUGGAAAUAGAACUAUCCGAUAUUGUUUUUCGUUCGGUCUCCACCGAUGAAGUGACCUCAAAUUCAUUAAACUUUCCUCACCUGGAAUAUCACAACUAG